GGGACUGCAGCUCGUCUCCGCUCUCCGCUCUCCCGGCUCACUUUGCGCUUUUCUUUACACACACACACACACAUACACACACACACACACGCGCGCGCGUGGGAUCGGGUGCCGGCGUUUUUUCUUUCUUUCUUUCCUUUCUUUCUAAAUUCCAAUUAAUUAAUUAACUCCUCCGUUAAUUAAUUGAUUCUCCGUAAUCUCGCAACAGGCGGAACAUGCCGUCCCGCGUCGUCCCGCGUCUCCUCCGCGGAUCUCGCCGCGGUCUCCGCGUCAACCUCGUUCUCGGCUCCGCGAACCCCCCGGUCGCCCCACGCCUGCGAAUGCGAUGGUCGGCUUGACGAUCGCGGACGAUCAACAGCCCCUGGGUCCGUGCGAGACACCCGGAAUGGCGCUCUGAGUUCCUCCAGGACAUCUCGAGGAUUUCAUAUAUUUAUUUAUAUACAUAUAUGACACUUAUGUUGCUUAUUUUUAUUCGCUCUGAAUGAGAUGCAGGAUAAAAAACCGGCGCUUCCUUAAAAUCUUUUUUAAUUUUUUAUUAUUAUCAUAAUCUAUAAAAGCGGUGAAAGUGUGUGAGUGUGUUUUGGUUUUUUUUUUCCGCCUCUCCGCGACGGGACAGUUCUGAGCUCUCAAAGUUGUGUGAUGGUUUGGGCUGCGACGCGACGGCGGCUUGUGACGGCGGACGGAGUGCGGAGAGUGCGGGGGGAAGCCGCGGCUCCGAGGCGGGGUUAAAGUUCUCCACGGAGCGCCGGGAGGAUCGCGCCUAGGAACAGUCGGAAAUGUGAAAGCAAGCAAGAAGCAGCCUUUCCCCCUUUCUCUCUCUCUCUCUCUCUCUCUCUCUCUCUCUCUCUCUCUCUCUUUUCUGUCUCUUCUUUUUUUUCUUUUCACACACACACAAACACACACACACAGCCGGACGCUGCGAUCCCAAGUAAACGGACACACACACACACACACACACACAUAUCAACACGUACAUACAUAAACACGCCGAUUCGUUACAGUUAUCCAAACACACACACACACACACACACGCACACACACACACACACGCUUCACCAAUUCGAGCACCAGAUAUGUAUUCUCCGCUAUGCCUAACACAGGAUGAAUUCCAUCCUUUCAUCGAAGCACUGCUGCCCCACGUGCGUGCGUUCGCCUACACUUGGUUUAACCUGCAGGCCCGCAAGCGAAAGUACUUCAAGAAGCACGAGAAGCGCAUGUCCAAGGAAGAGGAGCGCGCCGUGAAGGACGAGCUGCUGAGCGAGAAGCCCGAGGUCAAGCAAAAGUGGGCGUCGCGGCUGCUGGCCAAACUGCGCAAGGACAUCCGGCCAGAGUUCCGCGAGGAUUUCGUGCUCACCGUGACGGGGAAGAAGCCUCCGUGCUGCGUGCUCUCCAACCCUGACCAAAAAGGCAAGAUGAGAAGGAUCGACUGCCUGCGCCAGGCGGACAAAGUGUGGCGCUUGGACCUGGUCAUGGUGAUUUUAUUCAAAGGUAUUCCCCUCGAAAGUACUGACGGCGAGAGGCUGGUGAAAUCGCCGCAGUGCUCAAACCCAGGCUUGUGCGUGCAGCCGCAUCACAUAGGAGUUUCCGUUAAGGAGCUGGACCUCUACUUGGCCUACUUCGUCCAUGCGGAAGCUACGCAGUCCGAAAGUCCAAACCAGCCCAGUGAAGGGGACGUCAAGGACCAGCCAGAAAAUGGACAUCUGGGCUUCCAGGACAGUUUCGUCACGUCAGGCGUCUUCACUGUCUCCGAACUUGUCCGAGUCUCGCAGACCCCGAUUGCAGCAGGGACAGGACCCAACUUCUCACUGGCGGAUUUGGAUAGCUCCUCUUACUACAGUAUGAGCCCCGGGGCGAUGAGACGGCCCUUACCCAGCACCUCUUCUAGCAGUUCUGCAAAGCGAAUCAAGUGCAUGGAGGAGGAGGUGGACAGUCCAGGUGAGGAGUCUUACUACCCUGGUCAGGGGCGAUCCCCAGGCAGCGGAAGCCAAGCCAGCAGCUGGCAUGAAGUCGAGCCAGCUGGAUAUAAACUGCGCGGCUCGCUAGCUAGUUCGUUCAUCUCAAGACAAGCAGCCUGGCAAAUCCAAAGGAAUUUUAACCUACAAGGAAUGCCGUCGCCCACCACAUUAAAGAAGUCAGAGAAGUCUGGUUUCAGCAGCCCCGUGCCUCCGCAGACCUCCUCCUCCCCCCGAACGGCAUUCACACACCAUCAUCGUGCAGUCAUUACAGGACCCAGAGCGAGUCCUCACGCCACACCGUCAAGUCUUCAUUUCCCGACGUCUCCAAUCAUCCAACAGCCUGGUUCCUACUUCUCCCACCCUGCUAUCCGCUACCAUCCCCAGGAGACUCUAAAGGAGUUUGUCCAACUUGUCUGCCCAGACAGUGGUCAGCAAGCUGGACAGGUGGGCUUCCUGAACCCUAACGGCAGCAGUCAAGGGAAAGUUCACAACCCGUUCUUGCCCACACCCAUGUUGCCCCCACCGCCGCCCCCGCCAAUGGCGCGACCUGUGCCACUGCCCGUGCCAGACUCAAAACCACCCUCCACUACAGCCGAGGGAGGUGGCACCUCACCCACCUCGCCAACUUACUCCACACCGAGCACGUCCCCAGCCCAGCGCUUUGUCAGUGUGGGCCCCAGAGACCCCAGCUUUGUAAAUAUCCCUCAGCAGCCACAGUGGUACCUGGGCUAAGGACUCCAGAUCCAGACCGGCCUCUCCCGAGCUCAAAUGCCCCUCCCUGCCUCCCCUGAGUGUGACCUUCAAACGUCCCCACCGGUGUGACACGCCAGGUUCUGCUCGCCGCCCUCAACGCCCAACGGCCCCGCAGCAUGGCUACAGCAGAACCCAGAACAAAUCCGAACCAAACCGACUCGACAUGCUUACAACGAAACUCUAAUCACUAUCUGUAUAUCCCAUAUAUAUUCCGCCAGAUGUAUGGUUUCUACUCCUAUAUUCAUAUCUAGUAACUGUCCAGCUUUUCUCUCUUCAGGAGAAAAUGGGCUUGAAUCCGCUUCCCUCGGAAACUUGCAUGGAAUUAUUUUUUUUUGUUGUUGUUCGACCAGAUAUGGAAAACGUGGAAAAUGUGACACAAUCAAAGAGCUUCCUUCAGUCCAUGACUGUAACCCGGUCUCACCGAGUCUCUCGAUCAAUAAUUCCAGAAUUCAGUUUUUCACAUCUCGGCUACGUGAUCCGAUCACGACGGACCGGCGCUCCCUGUGCUCCUUCCCUCAAUUCCUUCCCUCCCUACCGCCCCCCUGUGUUCGGCAGGAUCUGGCGUUAUUUUCGGGGUUUUCUGCUUGUGGACUUCUUGCAGAGGUUUUACUUGGAUCUGAUAUUCCACCAGCUAAAACCUCUCUCUUGACUCUGACCAGAACUGUUCAUCCAUAUCUUCACCGCCGAGACCUUCAGCGCCAUGCCCACGGCCCGACGGACUUCAUGUGUCGGGGAAAAAAAUGGCAGAAGAAAUUCCCCUUGGUUUGUGUCUUGGGGCAGGACGUGAGAAGAAGUUCGAUACGAGCUCAGAAGGCUGUAAAGUGAAGAAUUAAUAUGGGAGAUUUUUUUUGGGUUGUUUUUCUUUUUUUUAAGGAAAUCGUCUCUUGGGAAUCGCGUUCCUUUUCAAGUCAUUUCAGUGUUUUUUUUUUUUAUUCACCCCAUGUCGAGGUCUGCGAUUAGAGAGAACGGGCGGACAGAAAGGGUGAGCUUCCGUUCCUUACGAAGGCGAAAUCAGAGGUAAAUGGAAUUUUAAAUUGAGGAAAGUGCAAUUUUUUCGGGGGGAAAAAAAAACAAUGCUGUCCGAUUGUUAAAUAUCUUUUGUAAGAUAGAGCGUUGCAGCAGAUGUUCGAAAAGUAUAUAUAAUCGCUAUAUAUUUUCUUCCUUAGUCCAUUUACACCUCUGGGACUCUAAAAUAUCGGGGUACAAAAUAAAUAGCCUAGUGAGAAAUCGAGGGAGUUCUACGUGCUUAUUAUUAUUAUUAUUAUAACAAUUUGUUUUUCUUUGAUGUUUGUCCUCAUUGUAAAUUUGAUUCGUAUUGUAAAAGAAAUAUCCCUUUAACAAAAUGAAAACAAUCAGUUUUGUAGACGCUUUGUUCCCGCCCCGACGUCGGAACGCCACAGAUGUUGGUUUCUUUUCUUUAUUUUAUUCGGAAAAUUUAUCGAAGGACGUAACAAAACAAAAAUAAAGAGAGAGAGGUAGCUAUUCUUCGUUUCUCCGCAGGCGAAAUCCGUCUCGUGUAAAAUCCGAUCAUAUCAGCGGGAGAGCAAUCGGGUUAGGAUCUGCGCUUUCUCCAUUUCUAAUUCUCUCCAUGUUCUAGAGGGACAAAUCCCAGCAGCACUCUGAAACCUUUUCUAGGUUCAGUAUGCUCUUCAGCGUGCCGACUUUUCAUUUUUUAUUAUUUUUGUUGAAAGCGUUAUGAAAUGGGACGAAAUGUGACGAUCAGAGAGAAACACCGCCUUGAGUCACAGAGCGAAGCAUUUUCACGAAUCCGUUCGCUUCGCAUGUGAUUUGAACCCUUUCUUUAUUUGACUUGAUUUUCUUUCAGGUACAUUACACACACACACACACACACACACAUAUACAUAUAUAAUAAAUACCUACACCUCAUUGGCUGUCGACCGAAUCUCAGAAAAAUGAGAAUAAAAAUUUUAAAAGAAAAAAAAAAAAUUUCUGCAUGCUCUAGUGUUAGUCAUUUGUUUUUGUUUUUUUUACAUAGAUUAUGUAGAUUUAAAAAAAAAAUUAAAGUAGUGUGAAUAAAGACACGAUAUUGUAUUAUCCCAACUCCAGGCACUUGCCAAAUCGAGUAUUUAGUUUGGCCCGUUAAACCUAGGGGUUUUUGGUUGUUUUUUUUAAUCGCUCUCCCCACAAUCAACUGGCUUCCCAUCCGUUCUCUAUAAACCGUCCCUCCUUAAUUUGUCAAAUAAAAAACAAAACAAUCAUGCAUUUCUUUUUUUUUCUCCUUGCAAGAGCAGUUUUGCUCUUUAAUCUCUUUAAACAGUCGUUCCUCAUCGAUGUGCCUUGAGUGAUGGUCUGAUCCCGAGUUGACUGGCGAGCUGCAGUUCUUUUCUUUUCUUUUCUUUUCUUUUCUUUUCUUUUCUUUUCUUUUCUUUUCUUUUCUUUUCUGUUCUGUUCUGUUCUGUUCUUUGUUUUCAGCUUCCUGCAACGAUGCAGCGGACGAUUGAAAUAUGCGCAAAGAAGCGCAGGCCUUGUGGAGUCUUGUGUUUGAGUCACGCGUACGCCCUCGUUAGUCGUGUAGUCGAUGGGAAAUCUUUAUCAGUGUAACUCAUAGCCCCCCAGGCCCCCAGCCCCCCCCUUCUUUACGUAGUCUAAUGAUAUUUAUGGAUGUUGCUGCAAUUAUUUCUAAAUGAAAAUGACCUUUUUUGAAAUUUUUUAUAUUAUUAUUUUAAUCUUUCUGCUUUUGUUCCCAGAACAGUAAAAAAAAAUAAUAAGGAGAAAUAAAAGAGACAUGAAUGAAUUGAUUAAUUAGUAAUAUGCAAUGUUUGUUUGCACUCAUUUUGUUUUUUUAAUAAUUUUUUUUUUUUUUUUUACCCCAACAUUAGUGUUGCACUUGACUGGCUGGUCGGCUUGUUUGUUUAAUCUCCACACCACAUCGGUCGCGUUUGAGUUCGUCAUUACUUCAUCGCUUGAUCCAAAAUGACCAAAUUUAGGCUUCUUCUUCCUUUUCCUGCGGGUCACGAGGGACAGAAAAAAAAACUCCAUAUAUAAUGUACAUGCAUUUGAGAAAAAAAUAUGGCCAUUCAGUGUAUAUAUCGAUCAUCCAUAAUAACCUGUUUUCUG